AUGGCAACGACAAAUCUGGAAAUGAGUGAACGCAUCAAAGAGUUAGAUGUAUCGAAGACGGACUUCGAUAGAGUUGUAUUCCCCAUUGGUAUAGUUAUCCAAAAAUCGAAUGAUCACACAUGGAGCAUAAUUCCAAAUCUUGAUUCAGAUCUGGAAGUGAGUGAUCACAUCAAGGAGAUAGAUAUAUCGAAGACGGACUUCGAUAGAGUUGUAUUCCCCAAUGGUCUAGUUCUUCAAAAAUCCAAUGAUCAAACAUGGAAUAUAAUAAUUUCGAAUCUCGACUCCAAAUCUCAUUCCAAUCUCAACGGUGAUUUAAUCAAAUCCCCAAAGUAUGUGCAACUUGGUUUGCCUACCCUUGAUCCAGCUGGUCCCAUCGUUCCUUCCCCAGCAAUUGAAGACAGAAUUUGGGGUGUUUUACAGCGCUCCAAGGAUCCCCUAUCAGCUCUGACCAUCGCUAGGCAAGUUGGAGAAACAACUGCAAGCAAUGUAAACCCGACCCUGUAUCGACUCGAAUGCGAACGCAUAAUCUGUAAAACAACCACUGGAAUUUAUAUCGCACCACUUUGGAAAAUCGCAGAUGAUCCACCUCCUAUGAGGGACGACCAGCAAAGUGCCAAUGCCAACCCCCCACAGUACAGUCAAGCUGGAAUAGGUGGCGAUGUAUAUACACAAGUACUGUAUAUAAAAACCGAAUCCGAGGGCGAAAUAAAGUUUCGUGAAGUCUACCGACCAACCGACAAUACACCAACUGUUACACCCAUCGAUGAAACGGUAGGCCGACCUCGUUCAAUCCAAGAAAGCAGCAUUGCUAGUCCAUCCACUGCUACUCCUCAGGAAGUAAGACCGAUUCAAGCCAGUGAAGGUCGUCCAUCAAGACCCGUUCAGAUAGAAGUGGACGACAGAAUCCAGCAAUCUACUGAUGAACCAGUCACACCCCCAAACCCUAUCAAUUUUGCAGAAAGGGGCAAAGAGAUCGGGAAAAACGAAAAAUCGAAGACUAAGAACUUUAUGCAAUCCUUUAAGAGUCCUUUCAAGAAGUCGGCUUCUCCUAACUUGUUGACAAGUUAGAUGUCACAUGUUAUUAUUUGUUUUGUCAUUGCUGUGUUUUUGUACUUAAUUCCCUAUACAUCAGAAUUAUUUUUAUGGCAGCUAUAGUAAUUAAACCUCCGAGGACAAUUAGGGCGAAGGAUGGUUUACGUAUACUUUAUUAUGACCUCCAGUAUAAAAAUUCAGUUUUUUGUACAGUAAUUACUUGUAUGUAUAUUUUUUGUGGCUAUUCCCAUUCUAUCUACGUGUAUUUAGAUCAUAUUUGCCAUAAAUACUGCAAUUUGAUUGACUAAAA